CACUCGCUCCGCCACUUCGAGGCCGUCCACCGCAUUAUAAAGCGUCGAAUGAGCCUCAUCAUGCAUCCCACCGAUCGAGACCAUAAUGGCAGCCAACGCCAUGGACGAGCACAAGCUACGCCAGCUUGAACGCCAGUACAAGCUGCGCGUCAAGACGGGAUGCGAGACGUGCAGGUAGGUGGCCAUACUCUCCGCCGUCCGAAGCAUGCAGGGAGAUAACAAUUCCGUGCCAGGGCCCGGCGCGUCAAAUGCGAUGAAGCAAAGCCGCGCUGCUUCCGAUGCGUCUCUACCGGUCGUAAGUGUGACGGCUACAAGCAUGUCCAGCAAGCCAGAGACCAGUCCCCCGCCGCUGCUGCCUCGUAUCGGAAUCCGUCCUUCCUGGUGGUACCUCAGAGGCCGUCAUCAGCGAGCAUCCCUCGGAACCCUUCGCGAAGCCUGUCGCCAGACUCCAUGGAAAAUCGCUCCUUCUUCUUCUUCCAGUCGCACACGCUUCCAAAGUGGACCGAGUUCUUCGACUCGGACCUCUGGAGUCAGAAAAUCAUGCAGUUGUGCCACGUCGAGCCAGCUAUCAAACAUGGCAUUCUCGCCCUAAGCACCAUGCACGAACGAUUCGAGAGCGUCACCCCGAUAUUCAGCGCUAAGACAAACGACUUUGCCUUCGUGCAGUACAUGCAGGCUGUCAAGCAUUCCAACGAUCUCCUGACCGCCCACCAGGAGGGAAAAGUGGACGUCGAGAAAGUCCUUAUAGCCUGCAUCAUCUUCACUUGCUACGAGAAUCUCGCAGGGAACUACAGGGCUGCGAACAUGCACCUACGAAACGGACUGCGCAUCCUGAAUCAACACAAGCGGGACACAGUUAUCGCGGCGCAAACAGCAGCACAAGAGUCCAUCGCUAAUGUCCUGUAUCGCUUCGAUCUGCAAGCGAUGACCUUCUCCGAUAACGCGUCACCAUAUGACUACGGGCUCGACAAUCCCCCAGAGUGCCCCAGCGUUCCCGAAACCUACACAAAGAACUCCGCGGCUCGCAACGACCUGGUCGGACUAUGGCGGUGCAUGAUGUGGAUAUCUGGAGUGGCUAACAUCAACCCCCAGGCGCCAGAGCACCCUACGUGGCUCCGCGUCUACACGCAGCUGAUGAGCGCUUUCGAGGCAUGGGAAAGCACAUUCGACGCGUAUCAGAAGAAUAUACCACCGCAGGAGCAAGGCGAUCCAAGGAUCUACGCCGGGAACACCCUUUUGAAGAUGUACUCUAUCAUGGCACGCACCAUCAUAGCCGCAGGUGCCGGGCAUAGAACAGAAAUGUCCUGGGAUCCAUUGGUCGAUUCGUUCAAAACCACGAUUGACCUUGCUGAAACACUGCCGGCGCUCACGAAACCUACCUCUCAGUCCUCGUCACGAUCUUCAACGUCACCAUCGCGCUCUGCACCAGGCACCCCGAAAGCGCAACCUCCACGGCACCGCGUAAUCGCCCCCAACCCAGCAACCUCCACCCCUUCCCCACCUCCAGGUACCUCGACCCUAGUGUUCCUUUCAGAACCCACCCCGCCACCCAAAAGGCCGCAAACCGAAUGCGAAUACACUACCACUCCUGUGGCAAACCGAAUGCCCUCUUCGUUCUCGCCCUCCUUCGAGCUAUCACCCAUCGUCCCUCUCUUCGUCACCGCCUGCCGUUGUCGAGACCCCGUCCUCCGAAGGCGCGCAAUAGCUCUUCUUCUAAACUGUAGACGGCGGGAAGGAGUAUGGGACUCAUUCGGCGCAGGCAUGGUAGCACUACAAUGCGUAAAGCUUGAGGAAGGCAUCGACCAGGUGAUGGAUCUAGGGUCGGAGAAUUGGCUGCCCCUGACCCCGCGGUGCAAGCACAGCGCAGAUGUACCGGAGAAGAGGAGGGUGCAGGACGUUUUCGUUUCGGUCAAUAUGGCGGAGCGGCAAAUUGGCGUCAACUAUCUGAUGCGGAGUGGGGAGGCUCUUGAUCGCAUCCUGACCUACAGUCUCGCAUCUAACCUGUCUAUGUUCAAAUUGCCGUCCGAUAUUGACAUCUGGAGUUGGAGUUGGCACACUAGCCAGGUAUAGUGGGUGGCCGCCUACCUUUGGAUCCCGACAGGACGUACACCUAUCAAACGGAUUAUAGAACGUGGGAUUUGUUGGAAUCCUCUGUAACAUGCCUAUCCCCCCUUGAACCCAUAGCUCAACGAGCUACAUGCACCGACAGAGUAGCUCGCUGCUCCGAUCCAAUGAGGUGGUAAACGGUGAAACCUUGGCUUUGGGGCUUCGUUCCGCGCACUGUCACAGCGGACCGGUAUUAGGUCUAAUGUUAGAACCUCCCGACACGAUAGAAAGCCGCGCGAAGGAUCAUGCAAGAACGCGUAGAUUGCUGAACAGAGGAGGACCGGAGUACUGAUGGUCAGCUUUGCUCCUGCUCAAUCCUGAUUGGUGGUGCAUUCACCCCACUUUCCCGUCUCGGCAGCACGCGAGUCAGACGGCUUCGCGUACAGAAUCCCCUCUCCCCACUCUUCGA